GAGAGAAACACACAAGAGAUGAAGAAAAUGGCUCAAACUCUAUAUUUCAGUCUGCUUGUCAUUGCUCUCUGUUCAUUAUCUGAAUGCAUUCAGCGCCGCUAUCACUAUAUAAACAUUGAGAAGAACUGGACUGAAGCUCAGACAUACUGCAGAGAGAACUACACAGAUCUGGCCACAGUCAACAACAUCAAUGACAUGAACGAGCUGAAGAAGACUGUGUAUAACAGUGUGGUGUAUGUCUGGAUUGGACUAAAGAGAACAGGUGUUUAUAAAUGGAAGUGGUCUCUGGGUGAUGCUGUGAAAUAUCUGAACUGGGAAACUGAACCAUCAACUGACACAAAUAAUUCUGCUGUUAUGAGAAAUGGAAAAUGGCUUCAGCAGGACUGUAAUGUGCCGUCACAGUUCAUCUGCUACAAUGGUGCAUCAAAGGAUUUAAUUAUCUGUCAAUCACAGACUUUAAUUCUCAGCUGUGUCGAGGGAACUAUUAAAAUCCUUUCAGCCAAUUAUGAGCGUACAGACGGUCAGACCUCCUCUACUGGAAUACCAGUGACUGAGCUCACAAGAGUUCUGUGCUUUCAGAACAGAUCCCAAACAGUGGGCACUGUGUGUGUCACUGUAAAAAAUGCCCGUGAAAUUAACGCUGCCGGUAUUUUUCCGUAAAAAUUACGGAACAUUUUUUACAGUGCAAAGAAUCAACCUCGGCUGUGGUCACUUCUAAUCUAGAGCAAAGGUUAUUAUCUCUUCAUAUUUAAGUACACUUUUAUUGAUAUGUUCUUGGUGACGAAUCAACCUUAUCAUUUGUGUAGCUUUGGAAAUCAUAUCGCUCAUUGAUUUCAGAAGGCUUGGUUCUACGCUUGUUCUUCCUCUCCUCCUUUUUCUCCUGUUUUCUCUGAACAAUCAAAUCAUGUGUGUCAUACUUUAUGGGUUCAUGGUGAAAGGACAUAUACACAUUCUUUCUCAGUCCUUUUUUAACAUGUGCAUCAUAUACAACAGUAAACAUAAUGCUGGCCCCAAAUUGUCAAACGGCAUGUAAUGUUAUAACUUUUCUCUUUAAGUGUAAACAUUAGUUCACACAUUAACUGCAGGAGCAGAAGCCGGGUGAGUACAAUCUCUCUAUAUUUCCAUCCAUCCAUUUUCUACCGCUUUAUCCGAAUGACCUCGGGUCACGGGGAGCCUGUGCCUGUCUCAGGAGUCAUUGGGCAUCAAGGCAGGAUACACCCUGGAUGGAGUGCUCUCUAUAUUUAAAAAAUAUAUUUAGUUUGAUCUUCUGACUUCACGUCACCACUGCUGCAUUCGAGCGUUGCACUUUUGUCAGCAUCUGUACUGUUUAGUGAGCGGCAUUCAGCCGACCGUAAGCUUACUGGAGAAUAGAAAGUAUAAACGGCACUUCCAAUAGUGACUGCUGGUUAACUACAACAUGUCUAUAUCAUGUAUUCAGUGUGCAUAAGUUCUCUACAUAGCGUGCCGUUCCCACUCACGUCUUGCUCAAAAUAACUCACGCAGUCACUACAUCCAAGUGAAUGUAAACAAAAUGUAUCAGAAGCCUAUAUCUUACCAAUGUUUUAAGUGCAAGAUCUCCUUCGUCUCUUGUCUGCACAACCCCAACACAACUGCAUCUCGUAUAUGACCCCCUUAAAAAAUUUGCCAUCAUGAGAAAAGACCUCUGGAGCAGACCCUCAGCAAGUCUGGACCGCACCUCAGACUCCGCCGCUGAUAAACCCCGACUGCUUUUACACCAACAGUCACAAGUCAUUACAGUUCAAAUGAAUUCAUUGAAACAUUUUAGAUUCAUUCAACAGAAGAAAUAUAUUUUAAAUAUAUAUUCAAGUUUUCACAUAACUGCUGAAACCUAAAAGUCAUUGUUCAAUAUUACUGUUAAAUUCUAUGAUGAUGCUGUAAGUGAGUCCUGCUUGUUGUCGUAACCAUCCAUUGACGUCCAUAAAAAAACAGCCUCUGGUCUCCUUCCCUGCGUACCGCUGAAGCCCCCGCAGUAGCAUUAGCCGAUAUGGAGUUUUUGCUAAAGGCUUUCAUUCUAAAAUGGCUUUGUUCAUGAUGACUAGAAAAUGAUGAGCAGGGGUGUUGGAUUUGGGUUGGAACUAAACUAUGCAGAUCACUAGCCCUCCAGGACCGGAGUUGAAUAAAACUCCACCUUGUGUGCAAAGAAUACCCAGAAGUGCACAAUACUGUUAAAAGUGUUUCACUCACAAAGCAGGUUUUAUUUAAUUUAAAUGGUUUUAAUCUACUUAAUUUUAUUUGUUUAAUACUAAAACGUACCAAUAUACUUCCUCUUUACUUAAAAUAUAUCCGUUUUUUAUAAAACAAUAUAUUUUAGGUAAAACUAAUUCAAUUUAUUUGGGUACUUCUUUUUAUGUGGUUAUUGUGUACAAGAAAUGUUCUAAAAAUUAAUUGACGAAAACAAUUUAUUAGAGCACACUGUAA